AGCAAACAUCCCCCUUGGAAAGUUUAAGGUGGAGACCAGCGCUGGGCCAUAACACAUCCAGGAGGUUUUACAGAAGGUUGCAGGCUCCGGACCGCAUGCUGUCAUGCUGUCCUUAGACGAGCCACUGGACCUGAAGGUGCCGAGGGGGCGGGUCAGUGGGCGGGACAGAGGCACCAGGUCUCCGCCCACUCUCACUCCCUCUCCCAUUCACGGCAAGGGGGCGGGGCAGCUGCGGAUGGCAGACGACGGGACCGCCGUCAUCGUUCCAGCGUCUCCUGCCUCUCCACACACAGCAGGUAUCCUGCAGGACAAGUCGGAGACCCCCACAUCGCCCGCCGUGGACCUCAGCAUGUCCCCGUCCUCCCGAAACACAGCCUGCUCUCCGGAUCUCUCCAAUGGAAAUGGCUCAGCUCCCAUUUUCCCCAGGGACUCAGCUCAUAUCCGUUACAUGGAAGGAGGAGCCACAUCUCAAGCGUUCCAGUUCUUUGUGCCCAUUGGAGGAGGUGGAGGGCUUCACCUCCCUUCAUCGAUGUUCAUUCGGCAGCCCAAGGACACAAGAGCUUCUCCAGACCUCUCUGCAGAUGAACAGCUGGCCUGUCGCUGGAGGAAGUGCCACCUACUUUUUGACUCCUUGCAAGACCUGGUGGAUCACGUCAAUGACUUCCAUGUAAAGCCUGAGAAGAAUUCUGGGUACUGUUGCCACUGGGAGGGAUGUGCACGCAAAGGACGGGGAUUCAACGCCAGGUACAAGAUGCUGAUACACAUCCGUACUCACACCAAUGAGAAACCUCACCGCUGUCCCACCUGCAACAAGAGCUUCUCCCGACUGGAGAACCUCAAGAUUCACAACCGCUCACACACAGGAGAGAAGCCCUACAUCUGUCCAUACGAGGGCUGCAACAAGCGCUACUCCAAUUCCAGUGACCGGUUCAAACACACGCGCACACACUAUGUGGACAAGCCCUACUACUGCAAGAUGGUGGGCUGCUUGAAACGCUACACAGACCCCAGCUCCCUAAGGAAGCAUAUCAAGGCUCAUGGGCACUUUGUAGCCCAGGAGCAGGGAAGUCCGGGUGGGGUGGGCUCAAUGAUGAAGCCGGGGCAGAUCGCAGGGGCAGGGAAAGAAUCUGAGCUGACUUACGUCAGUGGGGCCCACAUCAUCAUUCCUGGUGCUGCCGCUGCUUUCCUGGGCAGUCACGGUCUGCAAGGUCUCGGAGGCUCCCUCCCCUUGUCCCCCCUCAGUCCCUGUCCCUUGGACUUGAGCACACUGGGCUGCCCAAGCUCCCCUCCAGCUGGGCUUGGGGGGACAUCCAUCCUGUCCUUCAGCGGUUCCCCGCUUGGUCUGACCAAGUCACACUUUCUGUCUCCUACCUUCUCAUCUUCCACGUUGGGGUUGCCCAUGGUGCCCAUUUUGGGCUCGGAGCGCAGGGACCAUGGCAAGGGCAAGGGCAAGGCCAGAGGCAAGGAGGGUGAGGACGAGAUCCAUGGCGGUGUGCUCAACCUGUCUACGGGGGCAUCCCACGACCUCCUGUCUUGGGUUGUCAUCCCUUCUGGCCCAGUGGUGCUGAAGCCAGCUGUGGUCAACUGAGGACCACAUUCCAGAGGAAUGGCAGGGGAAGGGUGGGGGUGGAACAGGGGUCAGAGAUCAGAGGCAAGCAUGUGGGGGGGUUUCACAAAGCAAAUGCAGUUAUGCUUGGAGGUGACACAAUCUUCUUCAACUUUUAGCGCUACUUCAGUUCUAAUUUGUACCUUAUGGUUGGACACAGCUACCUGUUUCUUGUGAUAACCGAGAUGGUAUCUUGAAGAAAAUUUAGCGUAACGAUUCAGAAAGUGGCCAAACAUUCACCUCCGUUCCUUUCUCUUUCUCUCUGGCUUAUCUUUUUACCAGGGUUGUCCAAUCCUGCUCCUGGAGGGCCACCUUCCUGGAUAGUUUAACUUCAGUCUACACCAACACACCUGCUUGGAAGUUUUGAGUAAUACUGAAGAGCUUGAUUAAGCUGUGUUUAAUUAGGGUUGGGACUAAACCAGUGGUGGGCAACUCUGGCCCUCAAGGUCCACUGUCCUGCAGAGUUUAGUUACAACAUUUACCAAACACAAACUAAACCCUACACUAGGCAGAUGAGUUUGUUAGAGCUAAACUUUGCAGGACAGUGGACCUUGAGGGCCAGGGUUGCCCACCCCUAGUCUAAACUCUGCAGGAAGGUGGCCCCCCAGAAGCAGGAUUGGACCCUAAGUUGUAUCCGCUUUGUUUUUGUUUUUUUUGUUUUAUGAGAGCACUGAUCUAAAGGCAGACUUAAGAAUCUGUGCCCUUGCUUCAAGAGACAAUUGUAUUUAUGUUUAAGAGAAACUUUUGGACGACAGUGUACGCAACACACUAAAGACACAAACGUGUGCUAUUAUUCUUCAGGAACUGACCUUCAAGCUAUUCCAUGCGUUAUGAAAAGACCUCUGAGCGUAGAAAGCCAGAGAUUUUUGAGGCUAAAUCGCAUGGGUCUGGUCAGGUUUGCAAAGGGGUGCUGAGGUCGUAGGUCAGGCGAGAGCAGCUCAUUUACUGGCCUAGUAGUGUCCAAUUCUGGCCCUGGAAUGCCACUUUCCUGCAGAGUUUAGUUUCUACACACCUGGCUGUAAGUUUGCAGUGAUCUUGAAGACCUUGAGUAGCUGGUGCAGGUGUGUUUACAUAGGGCUAGAGCUAAACUCUCCCGGACGGUGGCCAUUUAGGAGCAGGAAUGGACAACCCUGCUUCAAACUGUCCCGAGUUCCACCUCAGUCAGAGGGUACCCUUUGCAUCCCUUGCAAGUGAACUUCUUUAGCUCAAUGCUAUUACAAGCUAUAUGACGAAACUUGCAUUUGCUGCUAGCUGUGUCACUGCAAUAUUAGCAAACAUCUUUGAAUAAAAAUAGACAAAGUAUGAACGACAAUCUGUCCUCUGAGGAGGAGGAAAUAGAAACCUUGACUAGCUCUAUUUUGUUGAAUAAGAGAUUUACAGACACAAGGCUCAGACUGACUGAGUUUUAAGUUAUACAAGGGCACAAACUCUACAAGCGGUAAUGCUAAUGCCCUAUAGGACAUGGCACUGAUGUAAAUAGUGCCAUCUUCUGGUCAUUACUUGUAUUGCACACUACUAGUUGAACCAAGGGCCAGAUUUAACAGUAUUGCCCUGCUUUGCAGUAUACUAGCUUGGCAGGGUAAAACAAAUAACUUUUGGUUGAUGCAGAAUAGUGGAAUGUUUAAAAUAAACAUUAUCCACAACCAAGUGAACAUGCUGACACGUGCAAUGGUAUAUUGCAACAAUUAAGGGUCUAGUUUGGUUUCUCAGUUUGUUUUCACAGUUUGCCCCAUAUUAAAUCACUGUGCUAAAAAUCUAAUCGUAUACCCAGAGAUUAAAGUAGAGACUUAAUAAUAAAGUGUAGAAAGCACUAUUCAGGUGGCCAAAAGAUAGCAUUUUGAUUUAAGACCCUUUCACAUGACCCACAUCAAUGUUCUCCAACGCAUCAAACUCUAUAGCGAGGCAUCGAGUUUCAGCAUCACUCCUGACGUCACCUUACACAAAUGGAGCUGUACGCGACGCUCCUAGUACUAAAAAUUUCACAUUGGACCCCAUUUGCCUCUGAUUUUCCCUAGCUGCAUGAUGCAUCAUUGUGAUACAUCAUACAAACUGAAAAUCAAAACUCAAAAGACAGAUUCUGUGCUAGAUUUUAGGCACAUUAAGUUGUACAACACAACCUUUAAGGCAGAUAUUCAUAUUCUACCUUUUAUGGUGCUAUCUGCAAAGUCCUGAAGUGGGUCAUGUGAGUGAGAUUUUACACAGUCUUUGUCAUCAAUGUGUCGCGAUCAAGACCUCAUUCAGAUUAAAAUAACGCUCUUGAUUAAGCCUUCUCUCCUGAACUCAGGCACUCAGGAGAAGUACUUCUGUAAGAGAGAUGACAUAUUUAGAGCUUCUUUCCGUAAUGUCCAUUACUCGUAGAUUGGGAUAAAAAAAUUAAUUAGGGAAACGAACGAAUGUAAUUUAAAAACAUUCCGACUGAAAUAAUCGCACUUCCUUAAAGCAUGUACCCUGCCCUCCCCUCCAAACCAUUUUUACACUCAAGAGUCUUAUUCCAUAAUUAUUUUUGUUUUAUUGUUUGUAGAAAACUAUACAAUUAUUGCCAUUUUGUUUUACUGACUUUGUUUUGGACGUGACAUUUCCUGAUGUUGAAGUUGCUUUGUUUCUGCUAUUGCUUCUCUGUGUUCAGCUUUCUCCAGCUAGUGAAUCGCGAGGAAAGAGGGAGAAGUGACAGGAGGAGGUGACGGAUAAGUUUGCGGAAAGUGUUUGAGUAAGAAACCCUCACAUUUAGCCCAUAAUCAUACCACGAUGUUUGAAGUUUACAUACUGUAUAAUGUAUAUGUAAUGUAUAAUGUCCAAUUACUGAGUGAAAGAGAAGAGAAAUGCACAACAUUUUUUAGACCGCAAAUCGCUGGUGCUUCCUCCGUUCGCUCUAGCAUCACUGCUAGAAAAAAUGUUGCCACUGUCCAGAUCUUGAUCCGUGCGCCAGGUUUCAAAAGUAGGCCACUGACCCUUACACGGCCCCUGAGAUAAGCGAUAACAUGCAAAUACAUGCAGUAAUCAUCAGUUUGACAUCAGCGUGUAUUUAGGAGGCUUUACUGGAAAUGACGUUUAUAAACACUUGCAUCUUUCCAAGAAGUUGGAAAUCUCUUCUCCUACUCCCUUUCCUCAUCUUGUUGGCUGGAGAAAGCUGAAACUGACACAGACCUGUCAAGGUCUACAUCAAUGUUGAAUAUCAGAUAAGCUGUUUGAACCUUUAACCCUUUGAGCACUCUGAAAACGGCCGCACUGUUUCACAAAACGAUGGUGUUCCCAAUGACUCUGAACUUACCGCAACUGUUUUGUGAGAGACUAAUGGCAAUAAAAUGAAUGGCAGGGAAGAUGUCAUAGCUAGAUAUUUAAAUUAGAUAUUCAUGCCAGUAAAACUCCAAUGAUGUCAGAAACUAUAUACGGUACAUAAAUUAAGCACCAUUUUAGGAUUAAAAAAAAAAUGCUCACACUAAAAGAAAAGAUCUUUGUAUGUUCCUAAAAAGAACUAAUAAUAGGACACAUUCUUGAAGUACCACAGAGAUGCACAAAGGGUUAACAAAAAGACUAUGGCCUGGAAAGGCCAGUAUCCAUUUGUAUUUUUUCCUUUUUUGCACAUUUUUGAGAUAUUUAAAUAUCAGUAUUUUAAUUUUUCUCCAAGUGCCUUUUAUUAUAGUUGAAAUUUAGAUGUAAUACAGUAUAUGAGAAUAAAUAUAUAUAUAAAUAAAUAUAUAUUUUUUC